AUGAAACUUACCCCUUCUUUUUCUCAAUGCUUACUUUCUCUUCUUUCUCUUUUUCUUGUUGCUUCAUUUGCAUCUGAAACUAGUGAUGACGCUCUUUUCCUUUCUUCCAAUCUGAAAUUCCCAAAACAACAGGCUGAGAAACUGAUUAAAGGGCUCAACUUAUUUCCAAAGCACGAUAUAAAUCAUCAUCGUGGGGAAGACUAUAAAUUUGGUGGAUCAAGAAUUGUCGAAAAGCGAUUUGAAUUCCCUUAUCUUGGAGAUUCUGGGGCUUCUGUUCAAGACUUGGGUCACCAUGCUGGAUAUUAUCGGCUUCCUCACACUAAAGAUGCCAGGAUGUUCUACUUCUUCUUUGAAUCAAGGAAUGCUAAGAGUGAUCCUGUUGUUAUAUGGCUAACUGGAGGACCGGGGUGCAGCAGUGAAUUGGCCUUGUUUUAUGAAAAUGGCCCCUUCCAUAUAACAAGCAACCUAUCUCUUCAAUGGAAUGAUUUUGGAUGGGAUAAGGUAUCAAAUCUUAUAUAUGUCGAUCAGCCAACAGGAACAGGUUUUAGCUACAGUUCUGAUGAUGAUGAUAUACGCCAUGGUGAGGAUGGUGUUAGCAAUGAUCUUUAUGACUUCUUGCAGGCCUUUUUCAAGGAGCAUCCACGGUAUGCAAAUAAUGAUUUUUACAUAACUGGAGAAUCAUAUGCUGGGCACUACAUUCCUGCUUUUGCUGCUCGAGUUCAUCUAGGAAACAAGAACAAAGAAGGAAUUCAUAUCAACCUAAAAGGAUUUGCUAUCGGAAAUGGGCUUACUAAUCCGGAAAUUCAGUAUAAAGCAUACACCGAUUAUGCUUUGGACAUGAAAUUGAUUAAACAAUCUGAUUACAACAGCAUGAGCAAGUCAGUUUCACAAUGUCAACAGGCAAUCAAGAUUUGCGGAGUUGAUGGGGGAAAUUCUUGUGUGGCUGCAUACAUGAUUUGUAACGCCAUAUUCAACAGGAUAGUGGGAAUUGCUGGUGGUGUAAAUUACUAUGACAUCCGAAAAAAGUGUGAAGGUGACUUGUGCUAUGACUUCUCCAGCAUGGAUACUUUUCUGAACAAGAAAUCCGUCAGAGAUGCUCUUGGUGUCGGGGACAUAGAUUUCGUUUCAUGUAGUUCUGCAGUGUAUGAUGCAAUGGUGACAGACUGGAUGAGAAAUCUUGAAGUCGGCAUUCCUACACUUUUGGAGGAUGGAAUCAAAUUACUUGUAUAUGCCGGAGAGUAUGAUCUGAUAUGCAACUGGCUAGGGAAUUCGAGAUGGGUUCAUGAUAUGGAAUGGUCAGGACAGAGAGAAUUUGUAGCAGCUCCCACUACUCCAUUUUCAGUCGAUGGCGUAGAGGCUGGAUUGCAGAAAGGCCAUGGAACUCUGACCUUCCUCAAGGUUCAUAAUGCCGGCCAUAUGGUUCCGAUGGAUCAGCCAAAAGCAUCACUAGAAAUGUUAAAGAGAUGGAUGCAAGGAAAACUUCCAUUGACACGGGCUGAUGGUCACCUUGCUCCUAUGUGA